UUUGACCGCUGACCCUUCCACUGAAGAGAAAAAUACUAACUUUGAAAGCUGACCAGAAUCAGAACAAGUUCUCUUUACUCCUCUCAAAUUUUUAUUACAAAAAGUUUUCAGCCCUAAUCUCUCUCUCUCUCUCUCUCUCAUGGCUUCUUCUUCUUCUUCUCCUCUUUCUCUCUUCUCCUUCCUUCUCUUUCUCUCUCUUGCAUCUCCAUCGAUCUCCACCAACACAGAAGGCGAAGCGCUUCAUGCUCUGAGAACAAGGCUCCAUGAUCCCACAAACGUGUUGCAGAGCUGGGACCCAACGCUGGUCAACCCCUGCACCUGGUUCCACGUCACCUGCGACGACAAGAACCACGUCAUCCGCCUGGACUUGGGCAACUCCAAUAUUUCUGGACCGCUCGGACCUGAGCUUGGCAACCUUGAGCAUCUCCAGUAUCUAGAGCUCUAUAGUAACAAUUUCGAAGGAAAGAUCCCUAAAGAAUUAGGCAAUUUGAAGAGUCUCAUCAGCAUGGAUUUAUAUGGGAAUAAACUUCAAGGAGAGAUCCCCAAAUCCUUUGCGAAGCUCAAGUCACUUAGAUUCCUGCGGCUGAACAACAACAAGCUUACAGGAUCCAUUCCAAGAGAGCUUGCCUCCCUCUCAAAUCUUAAAGUCUUUGAUGUUUCAAGCAAUGAUCUUUGUGGAACGAUUCCGAUUGAUGGUCCUUUCUCCAAUUUCCCUCUCCAAAGUUAUGGUAACAACAAUAGACUCAAUGGACCGGAACUGCAAGGACUUGUGCCCUAUGACUUCGGAUGUUGAGCGGAGGAGUCGUACAAGAGCUAGAGUAAUGUAUACUUAUGUAGAAGCCCCUACUUUGGGGUAGCUCGCUAGAUUAUAUAUGUUGACCUAAAGGCGAAUGUAGCCUUAUUUGAUGCAUGCCACAAUGCAAAGCAAUCCCUAGAAGAGUAAAGCAAAGGCCUUUAUAAUGAUUAUAAUUUUGUCUUACUUUGCGUUUGGGUUCCUGA